AUGGCUUCCAUAUACCACCUUAACCACCCACCGAAUCCCUGGGAACAGUUCAUGACUGGCCUCGAGGACCAUCCUUUCUUUGCCCCUCGUGGUCACCACCCCCAUCCCCAUGCCCACGGUCGUGGUCGUGGCGGUCGUGGACAUCACCACGGACCUCCUCCAUUCUGGGGAUGGGGUCACCACGGAGGCCCUCAACACUGGGGAUGGCAAAACCAACCUCAGAACGACAACGCUGAUGCUCCCGAAGCACCUCGGUCCGCAAAUCAAACCUCGGAGUCCACCCCAGGCCCUUCGACACAGGCUGAGAACCGCUCCGGCGAGAAAGAGACAGGUUCAUCGUCGGAGUCUGAAUCCGACAACGACAAGCGUUGUCAUGGUCGUUGCGGCAAAGGAAAGCACCGCAAGGGCCGCGCUGGUCCUCCCCACGGACUAGGAAGAGGAGGGUGUGGCGGCAAAGGUCGCCACAGACCUCACGGUGCUGGACCCUUCGGCAGAUGUUCUCGUGAACGAGGCCCUCAUCACCGUGGCCGUCACGGUCGAGGUUGGCACCAGGGCCCCCCCGGCGCCAACUUUGACUUCCUGCGCAAUUUAGCCGCCCAGUUCGGCAUCCCCUUCGACACCCCCAAGAACGAUGUUGACUUUGUGCCAUCUGUCGAUGUCUUCGACACCCCUGCUAAAUACAUUCUGCACGUCUCACUCCCUGGCGCAAAGAAGGACGAUCUCAGCAUCGACUAUGAUGCCGACGAGUCCGUCCUCCGCCUCGCAGGAGUAGUCUACCGCCCCGGUAUCAACGAAGACUUGCACCAGGCUCUGGCGAUGGAAGAGCGGGCCCGCGAGGUCGGCGUCUUCGAGCGCGAGAUCCGUCUUGGGACUCGCGAGGCUCCGGCUGUUGUUUCUGUUGAUGAGAUCACCGCCAAGUUGGAAGAGGGAGUUCUGAUCGUGACUGUGCCGAAGAUUGAGGCAGAGCCCGAGCCUAAGAAGAAGGUUAUCGUCGAAGAUGGCGAUACCGAGAAGGAGAAAGAUGCUAUGCAUGUUGAUGAGACUAGCGUCACUAUGACUCCCGAGGGCAGUGACUCGGAGGGGGAGAACAGGGAGUAUGUCCGGGUCCCUGUGCAGUAA